CAUGUGCUUUGUCACCUGGGUUAUUUCAUGGAUGUUCCAAAUUAAUAGGUGAACUUUAUUGUUAGGCUCCCAGUCUGCAGUUUAUAGACCUGUCUAAGGAAUUUGAAAAUUUAACUGGAACAUGGGAAACAAACUUGAUUUGGGAGAAAAUAUUUAUUCAUCAAGGUCUGCAAUUGUCAGUUUUCCUUUGGGUUUUAAUUUGCAAAGCCAGAUGUCUCAGGUCACUUUAAUCUUCUUGCAGAUAUGUUCCCAGCAUUGCAUUUUGAAGCUAGAAGAUUUUUUUGGGUGGGUUUCUUGCAGGUAGCUUAAAAAUGGAUGCUCCCAAAGAAGUUCAGACACCAGGAGAGUUCAAAUAUGAGCUGUGUGAGUUAUCAGCCUUGUGCACAUAUUAUGGGUGGAUGUCACCAAACUCACACUUGAUUGUGCUUUUGGAAGAAGCAUAUGUCAUGAGGGAUCCUUUCACCCCUGACAAGGACAAAUUCCUCAUCAUUAGAUCUUGUUGCAGUUUGUGUAGAGAGCAGUGUGUGGGUGCAGACUGUAGUCUGUUCUACUCCAAAAGCUUCUGCCUCCCCUGUGUGAAAGAAAAGCUAAAGGCCUUUCCUUUGGAAAUACAAGAAGACAUGGAUAAAAGGAAGCCCCAGCAGAAAUCCUGCAAAAAAACGGAUACAAAGCAUAAAUCCUGAAGGUCCAAGAGCGACAGUUCUUUGGCUGGGGUUUCUCCUCUCUCUGCUUGGAGACUAUCAUGUUGCUCCUUUUAAAGAAGUGACCUUCAUCAGCUCACUACUACCAGAGAGAGCAGCACAUUUCCUUGCCCUUGGCCUGGGUUCAGACAUCCCCGUGCAGCGCCGGCCGCGCCAGGGAGCGGCUCCGAGGUGCUGAGGAGCCAGAAAAGAAGGCAGAUGAGCCUGCUGUCACCGUGUGAAAUGCUUGCAGUAAGAAACCACACAGCACAGAGCAUAGGAACAGUGUCCAGAUUUCCACAUUUGCUAUUUUAGUGCUUUGUGUUGUUCUUGACACUCCCUGCAGUGUUAUGAAAUUCCAAAACAGAUUGAUCUGGCUUAAUUCAGAAUAUACCCAAGCAGGUCAGUGUACACCAAUUGUUAAACUGGCAGUGCUGUCCUGUAAGAUUACAUAAGGCAGGGAAUUUAAAGCUUUAGUUUUAAGUCUAAACUAAAAGUGCUGUGAGAAAAUGUCAUAAAUAUAAUACCUAAAUUUCUCAAUAUCUUAAAGCUAUCACAGCGUUGUGGCUUGAGACUUUGAAGGUUGGUGCUUCUGCAAUCAAUAAAAGUAUUUACAAGUCCCUUGCACUUGCAGUCACUUUUCACUUAACCUUCCAGUCCAUGUCAGCACAGCAGCUCAAGAGGACCCUGAAUACAUCUGGCUUAUGCUUUACAAUAAAGGUGACUUCUUUUUCACUUUCAAAGCAGUU